CAAAGCCUACUUUCACUAUCGAUAUCACCCAUAUGGUCAAAGUCCCACACGGAAUAAGCUGUUCGGGAGAAAAUGGACGGUAGUUUAGUAAUUGGGGUACUAACGCGACUGAGGAGACUUUUUUACGCUGUGACGCCAAACGAAACUUCUUUCCCGACAGUGGAGGAAGUCCCAAAGUAUGUGGAUGAGGCCAUUCCAUUCUUCAUUGGUUUGAUAAUUUUGGAAAUCCCUAUUCUAUACUUGAGAGGAAAACGUUUGCCUCGCUUUAAUGACAGCUUUGGUUCUUUGGCAAAUGGAAUUUUGUCUCUGUUGCAUGGGCUGCUAUUCCGUUCUGUGGAACUUACAACUUAUAUCUGGGUGUAUGAACACUGGAACGUGAUCGACCUCCACUGGGACAGCGCCUGGACCUGGAUAUUAGGCUUCGUAGGCGUUGACUUAGGCUACUACUGGGUUCAUCGAUGCGGCCAUGAGGUCAACCUGAUGUGGGCUGGCCAUCAGGUUCACCACAGCUCGGAGGACUACAAUCUUGUGACCGCUCUUAGGCAGUCAACAAUUCAUAGAUAUGUAGGAUGGAUGUUUUACCUUCCGUUGGCGCUGGUCAUGCCUCCAUCUGUUUUCUUGGUUCAUUCACAGUUCAACUUACUUUACCAGUUUUGGAUACACACAGAGACGGUCGACACUCUUGGACCCCUGGAAUGGAUUCUUAAUACACCCAGUCACCAUAGGGUGCAUCAUGGUAGAAAUCGAUACUGUAUUGACAAAAACUACGGCGGGACAUUGAUCAUAUUUGAUCGAAUGUUUGGAACAUUUGCAAAAGAACAGGAAGAAGUCGUAUAUGGAUUGGUCCACCCUCUGACGUCAUGGGACCCCAUUAAUGCUCAGAUUUGUCAUCUUAGAUAUAUGUGGACUGCAUUCAAAGAAACGAAGGGGUUUCAGAACAAGCUGGCUGUCAUCUGGAAGGGACCUGGAUGGGCCCCGGGAAAACCUCGAACUGGACUUAUGGAAGAUAUUCCAGAUAUUCACGCUCCCCAGGAAAAAUUUGACAGACAGUUACCGCUGUGGAUCAAUCUGUAUAUCUGGACCCACAUGUUACUCUUAAUUGUAUUUUAUGGCAUCCUGGCUCAUUUCAAAACGGAAAAUUCUCCAUACAUCUCUCUGACAGGUGUUGUAUUUAUCGUGUUCACGUUGUCGAGUUUUGGUGCUCUGUACGACCACAGAUCCCGCGCCUCACUACAGGAGACUGUGCGGUGCUUCGUCUUCCUACUGAUUGUAAGAGGCUUUGCUACACCCUCUGCCGUCUCCUCCUCUCCAGGACUUUCUUUAAUUGCUCUUUACCUAGCUUCUUUCGCCAUAUGGUUCUUUGUUUGCGUCAGACAAAUUUCGGUGAAAAUUAAAGCAAAGUCAUCAUAGGGGCGAGCGCCGGUGAAAACCAAGCAUUCUGUGAUACACCGUUAUAUAUGUUAAUCAAUUCAUCAUUAAUCUACCUCGAUUUGUAUUAGUGGAUAGAUAGAAAAAUACUGAUACAUUUACUAGUCAAGAAUUUCGAUUCAGAAAUAUUAGUUAUUAUGCAGUUAUUGAUUACAUGUCUUCUUCUCAGGAAAGUACAUGUUACACAAGUGGCUUCACCAUGUUCAUUUAGGUGAUUUAUAAUAUCCCGAUAUGUAUUGUAUUAUAAAGCUUAAUAUCCCGAUAUGUAUUGUAUUAUAAAGCUUAAUAUCCCGAUAUGUAUUGUAUUAUAAAGCUUAUGUAGAAGUAAAUGCGAUUAAAUUUAGACUAUAGAAAAGCA